GAGGGUGUGUUUGUGUGUGAACAUACAUGAACACACAUGGAUGCUGUACAAGUGUCUCCUUCUUGCAAGAGAGGAAGCACCUUCAUUUUUGAGUUGUCUGAGGCCCCCUCAGGCCUUUUCCAGAAGGUGGCCUUCCAACAGUAUCCCUUUCCAAGGUCUUGUUUUGCAGUGAGUGGAACCACAAAGGCAUAAGUGCAGAGGCAGUCGAAGCUGCCCUUGCUGGACAAGUGAAAAAUGGCCACCAUUUUGCGACGGAGGAAGAAAAGCUUAGGUUCCAAGGUGCGCGGUGCGUUGGCACGAGUCAAACGCUCCAAGUCUGAGGAGGCACGCCGUAGUUUUGAGGCAAUGCCAAGUAUGGAAGAUGCCCGCCAAGGCUUUGGCACAAUCCCAGCUUUGGACGGACACCCGAGCGCACCCCUUCCGCCCAAGGGGGACGGACGUUUGCAUCUUCUUUGGGAGACGGAAUUCCAGGACUUUCUGGAAGGUGCCGUCUGGGAGGAGCAGCAGCUUCUGGAGCAGAUAACCCCGUGGGCCAACACCCGAGCCUUCCUGGCUGCCUUUGAGCAAGUGGCUCUGGCUUGCCGCUGGCCGAGAAAAGAGUGGGCAACCCGGCUCCUGCCCUCCCUCAAUGAGGAUGCGGAGAAGGCCUUCCUGAGCCUGGAGCCCCCAGACAGGGAGGACUUCUGGAAAGUCAAGGCAGCCAUUUUGCGGCGGGAGAUGGCUGCCCGGGAAAGAAAGCACCUGGAGUUCCGCCGCUUUUGCUACCAAGAGGCGAAUGGCCCCCACGAAGUCCACGCUCGGCUCCAGGAGUUGUGCCACCAGUGGCUGAAUGCGGAGAAGAGCACCAAGGAGCAGAUCCUGGAGGCCCUCGUCCUGGAGCAGUUUCUCAAUGUCCUGCCGAAGGAAAUGCAGAACUGGGUCAAAGAACGCUUUCCGGAGAAUUGCGGGCAGGCUGUUGCCCUGGCGGACGAUUUUCUGCAAAAGCUGCAGGCUGCCAGACAGGGAGAAUCAAUGGAGACAGAAGAGCCGGCUUUGAGUCAUCCCAAGACACAAGAAGUCCAUCUGGAAAGUGUGAUGACACAGAUCAAAGCAAAGAGGACAGUGGAUGAGGUGUCCCCCUUUCCACUUAAAGCUGUUCCAGGUUACAGAAAAGCUAGUGUGAAGAAGAGGGGUUAUGUUCAGUGGGUCCAGUUUGGGGAUACAAAGCUAAAGGCCAAGUUCCCUGGAAGAGCAAAUAAGGUGCUCCCUUACCACUGGAAGAAAGCAGAGGACACCACAGAAUGUCGCCGUUCGGAAAGGCUGCGGAGAGGUCGUUCUUUGCCUCUGGUCAAGACACCACCCUCAUCACCUCCUGCUGUUCCUUCUCCACCUUCUUCUGAGGUCAAGCCAAAACGCGAGAAACCUGCUUCCGUCUCGGAGGUUUCGAAGGAUCAGAUAAAAAAUUGCCCGGAUUGUGGCCGAGAUUUCCAUGGGGUCGCAAGUUUUGCUCGGCACCGGAUGCGCCACACUGGGGAGAAACGCUAUGAGUGUUGCUUCUGUGGGAAAGGCUUCACCUGGCGCUCUGAUCUGGUCCGCCACGAAUGCAUCCACACUGGGAAGAAGCUGCAUGAGUGCUCAUUCUGCGGGGAAGGCUUUGACCGCAAGUGGCAACGCGUGCAACACGAGAAGACACACAUGAGAGGCAAAGCGAGUCUGUGAUCCGGAUGGGAUGUGGAGGGAGGAAAUAAUGGGAGCAUUAUCUGUGUGUAGCGGCUAGUAUAGCAUUCCUGAUUGCAUCUAAUGUAAUGUGCCCAUUUAUGGGGGGGACGUCUCCUUUUGCCUUUUAAUCUUUUUGCUUAAGGUUUUUUGAGAUUCAACAGCAAAAUUUGCAUUACAGUCUGUAACAGGUAGGCUUUACCCACAUAAACAUAGCUGUGUUGAGUUCCCAUAUUCUUUAUGAAAAUAAAAUAACUCUCCAUGUUUGAAUUCAAUAACUGGAAGAUGGAAUUUGCAGGAGGUGAAGCUUCUUUUACUGUGAUUAAGGUCUUUUUCUUUUUAGACAGUUAUAUCACUUUGAUGCACUUUUACCUACCAUGACUCCAUCCUACAUAAUCCUGAGGUUUGGACAGUGGUGAGGUGUUAAGACCCUCUGGAAUAGAAUCCUGUGUAACUCUCCAAACUAGAAAUCCCAGGAUUCCGUAAGAUGGAGCCAUGACAGUUAAAGUGCUAUAACUGUGCAGUGUGAAAGAGACCUUAGGGCAGUAUGGGCAAUUUGUGUUCCUCCAGAUGUUUUUGGACAGCAGCUUCCACUAUCGCUGACCGUUGGUUAUGGUGGCUCAGAUUGAUGGGAAUUGUAGGUCAAAGACAUCUGAGGGAAUCACUUUUGCCCACACCUGGCCUUCUUUGUGGCAGUUUUGAAAGUUCCCAGCUCAGUACAGUUAUUGUCACCAGUUUUUCCCUCAGGGCAAUUUUCAGGAGGUUUCAAAAUAUAGUAUUUAGGAUUAAGCUUAGUUAUAUAAUAUAUGUGGAUUUUUUAAAAAUAAAACUUUUAUUCAUGCUUCUUACAGCCAUACGAAUAAGAAAGUCACAUAUCCUUCAACAAAGGAAAUCAGUCAAAACAAAGAAACAUUAAAAAAAUAACAAAAUAAUGCAACAAAUAUGCCAUCGACAAGAUAAUAAUAGUAAAGUCUACAGUAACAUUUUAUUUUGAUUUUCAAUAGUAUAUGAGAAUAUUUCAAGAAUUGUGUUAGCUUGUUCUGACUUCUUUCUGGGAUUUUUUUUAAAGGCCUUUGGCACCAUCUUAAACUUUUCAGAUUGAUAAAAGACGAGGAAAGGAAAAAGAAAUGAAACUUUCUUGAGUUGGGACAUUGAAUAAUGACCGGGAAUCAUUAUUCUCUUCUUUUGUAAGAAAAAUAAAUGUGAAAGGGCAUAUCUACAUGUUUUAAGUCUGAUCUGCUUGUAGCAGUAGGACAAAAUGAAGAAUCCUGGGGUGGAAAGAGUAGCGUGUAUCAUCUCAGGUUGAGGAAGGACAUGCCAUUUCUUAUGACUUGUUAAAACAAACAAACACACUUGGGAUCUUGGAAGUAAAAUAACCAAAACAACCACUCUGAAGAAGAAGAGACAUUUAGCUCUCAGCCCAAGUCUUGCUAUGCUAACUUUGUAUUUAGAAAUCUUUUUUGGGAAAAAAAUGAAAAGUGGUGUUUUCCUCUACACUAUUGCACUAUGUUUUAAUCUAUUGUUGGGCAAACUCAUGGCCCUUUGGACAGUGUUGUAACUCCCAGAAUCCAUCACUAUUUGCUGUGCUGGCUACAGUUGAUGGGAGUUACAAUCCAGUGUCAUCUGGGGGGGGGGGUCACAAAUAGCCUGCCUCUCUUAGGACUUGAGCGCUGUCUCAGAGGUCUUUUCCAAGAGUUAUUUCCCAAAAGAGUUGAAGAUCCUUCUUUCCAUUUGUCCCACAAAAAGAUGUUUUGACCAAGCAAUGGCUUGUUGAGCUAUUGUCUGCCUAAUUUUAACACACUGUCCAAAUAUAGUUUAGCUGACCAAGGAGUUGAGGAGUCUGUGGGACUCCCAUCACAUUGGCUGAAAUGUUGGGAAAUGUGGUCUCGUACCCUGGAGGAGCACCCAGUGGGAAAUACUGAUUUAAGCCGUCUUUUCCCUAUUCCACACCAACGGCUCUUUACAAAUGAAAGUUUUGGCUAGAUCCCAUCUGUUGCUGAUUUUGAGUUGAGCAAGUGUCCGCAUUAGAAAACAGAUUAGAACUGUGUUGAAUGGUGUAUUGCUUUGCAUGAGCAAAGGAAGAUAAUUUUUGGUAUCUUGUUGAGUGGUUGGGGUUCUUGAAUCUUUUACACCUUUGUCAAACGUUUAUAGUAUUCCUGGAUUAUUUUUUGGGAAAAAAAUAGUUUUAUAAAGUUUGCUCUUGGGAAAAAAGAACAACCUUUUUCUAUUUGUGUAAAAGUCCCAUGGGUUUUUCAUGGAUAUUUGUAAAGAAUUCUGUUUGUAUUAUUAAAAAUUACUGGUUCAAAAGACCGUGGGUUGCUUUGUGUUGAAAACAGUGGAUUUUAAAGUUAUGUUUCGACUACUGAUUUACCUGUACUCUACUCAUGUGGUAUGACUGUAGGGCGUAUGUGUGCAAAAGCAGUAUGACACCACUUUUAAUUGCCAUGACUGUAUCCAAUAGAAUCCUGGGAUUUAUAGUUUGGCAAGACACCA